CUCUGACCUGCAGCUCUUCUCAGCUGCAGAAUCUCACUGCUCUGAAGAUCAAGGAGAAGGGAAGUUCUUCAGCAGCCCUGCAAUCUCCAGAGUGGGUAUUUGUGAAACCAGAUACUUUGAUUAAAAUUCUGUUGGCCUCUGCUUGGCUAAUCUAUGCAAGAUUUCAUCAUGGGAAAUGGCUAUUACAACAUAGUGGCUACUGUGCUAUUGGUCAUGAAUCUUGAGAGGACACGAUCACUGCAGGAUUUCUGUAACUGUUCAGCAGGUACUUUCUGUGGGAAAAACAGUCAGGAGUCUUGCAUUUCUUGUCCUUUAAAUAGUUUCUCCAGCACAAGUGGACAGAAGUCCUGUGACAUAUGCAGAAAGUGUGAAGGUAUUUUCAGGAUCAAGAAGCCGUGUUCCCCCACCAGCAAUGCAGAGUGUGAAUGCAUUUCGGGAUUCCACUGCCAAGGGGUAGGAUGUACCAUGUGUGAAAAGGACUGUAAACAAGGUCAAGAGUUAACAAAUGAGGGUUGUAAAGACUGCUCCUUUGGGACAUUUAAUGAUCGGGAACAUGGCAUCUGUCGACCUUGGACAGACUGUUCUUUGAAUGGAAAGGCUGUCCUUGUAAACGGGACGAAGGAAAGUGACGUAGUAUGUGGACCACUGUCACCUGACUUCUCUCCAGAUGCAUCCUCCACCAUCGUGCCUGCCCCUGGGAGAGAGCCAGGUCUCACCUCCAAGAUCAUCAUCUUCUUCCUUGCCCUGAUAUCAGCUGCCAUGCUGUGCCUGGCAUCCUUCGUGAUUCUCCGUUUCUCUGUGGUUAAACAGGGCAGAAAGAAGCUCCUGUAUAUAUUCAAACAACCGUUUAUGAGACCAGUACAAACAGCCCAAGAGGAAGAUGCCUGCAGCUGCCGAUUUCCAGAAGAAGAGGAAGGAGAGUGUGAACUGUGAAGAUGUGUUGGGACUCUCUUGAGAAGAAUCACAGGAGAAAUAUGAAGGAUCCCACUAUUGUACCUUUCUAAAACAUCAUUCCAGCUCACAACAAACUUUUCCUAAACGCUAAUGAAUUGGCCUUUGAAGAUGUACCACUUUUAACAGAACAAAAAAUGGGACAGAACUGGUGGUAAAGGGGUAAUUUUGUAGAUACUGCUUAAGAGGUUCAGGCUAGUUUUCUUGAAAUCCAGAGAAAUAUAUUUUAAAUUUAAUCAUGGAAUCCAAUGGUGCAGCUAAAAUGAUAAUCAAAAUCAGUUCUAUUUUUUUUUUUUCUGGUGCUCAUAUGACAUGUGGCAAUAAGCCGUAAGAUUCAGACAAUAUCCCUGACCAGAUUUUCCAUUGGUUCAAGCAUCCUCCACAAGGGCCUCCUCCACUGUUGGGGGAGAGAAUGAUGACAGUCAUCAUCAUGGCCCAAGUUUGGGGUCAAGAGCAAAAAAAUGAAAAAAAAAAAAAAAGACAGACCUUGGGACUUCCUUGGUGGUGUAGCAGUCAAGACUUCACACUCCCAAUGCAGAGGGCACAGGUUUGAUCACCGGUUGGGGAGCUAAGAUUCCCUCAUGCUGUGUGAUGCAGUCAAAAACAAACAAAAAGGGCAAAAAGAAAGAAGAAAAAGAGCAGACCUUGAUGAAGAGUUUUGAAAAGAGUCCAUGGGUAUCCUGUGGUCCUCUCCAUCUUCACAUCUUCUACCUUUGUCCUACUACCCUCUGAGUCACAACUUACUUUUUUAUAUUCUUAAAAUACUUUAACCAUAAUAUUUGAUACACAUGAACUAGGAGACCCAUGAACACAUCACCCAACCUAAUAAGAGUUGCCAAACUUCCAUGGGCCAAAUCUGAGAUGCUGUGUGCCUUCGUAUGGUUUAUGAGCUAAGAAUGGUUUUGCAUGUGUAAAUAGUUAAAAGCAAAUCAAAAUAAGAAUAUUAUCUCAUGACACAUAAAAUUAGCUGAAACUCAAAUUUUGGAGUCUGUGAGUAGGUUUUUUGGGAAAACACAAGCCACCCUGCCCUUUGCAUUACAACAACAGAGUUGAGUAGUUGUGACAGAGACGGUAUGGCUCACAAAGCCUAGAAUAUUUAAUAACUGACAUAUAGGGUCAAAGUCAGGAUCAGAGCAUCCAUCCUUGUGCUCCUUCCUUCCUUCAUCUCCAAUCCACUUCCCCACCCCAAACCCAGAAACUUCUCACAGGAAUGUUGUCUAUCAUUUUCCUGCUUUUAAAAAAACCCAUUUAUCAUAUAACUAUGUACCCCACAAUUAGUUUACUUACUUUUGUUUGUUAUUGACCUUUAUGAAAAUGGUAUUGUGCUGUAUGGAGACUUAUUAUGCUUUAAUCACUGGAAAGUAUAUUUAUAAGACUCACUCAUGUUAUUUUGUGUAACUAGAAUGCUUUCAUUUUGACUGCUGUAUAGUCUUGCAAAUAUACUAUUAUUUAUCAAAUCCACUCUGAACUACAGGACAUUUGGGUUGUUUCCAGGGUUUUUUUUAUAAUUAUGGAAAAUAUUGCUAUGAAUAUUCUUUUGUGUGUUUCCAUUGAUGAGUGUCUCUAGGGAAACUUCCUUAUAGUAAGAAUUUCUGGAUCUUAAGGCAUUUGAAUGUUCUACUUUAUGAGCUAGUACCCAUAUCAGUAAGGAUGUGCUAAAUUAUUCAGAAAUAACAAGUGUACCCACCUCCAAAAUCUUAAUGGGUCACAACCACACAAAAGAGGUGCACUUCUGGCUGUCAUGAUAUGCUCACUGCAGGCUGGUUGUGGUUCUGUCACAUGUUAUUUCACUCUGGGAUUUAGGUGUAUAAAUCCCAGAGCAGCUUCUCCUUGGAACAUUGACCAUCUUGUGGCAAAGGAAUACAGGUCACUUUGCUCAUAUAUAGUUAACUAGAUUCUAACUUUAAGAAAAAGUCAUGCAGCCAAAUACGGGCGACUAUAGGGCAGAAAGCAUAAUCUUCACACAGGGGGGGGCAGCAAAUAUUUCUGAGCAAUAAAGAGUCUUCUGCAGGGCUGAACUGCUUUUCACUGCGGUUGUUCUAAUUUGUGCUCCUGUCAGCAGUGUACAAGCACCCCAUUAUGUUUCAUCCUUGCCACCCUCAGGUAUUUUCGGAGUCUUAAUUUUGCCAACCCAGGGAGUUUAGGAUGGCAUCUCACCAUGCUCUUUUUUUGCAUUUCCUUCGUUACUAAUGGGUAUCUUGUCACAUUUUUAUACCAGUUUUUUUUUUCUUUUUUGAGAAAUGCUAGGUUGUGGUUUUUAACCAUUUUAAAAAACUUGGUUAUUUGUCAUUUUCUUAUUGAUUCAUAGAGGUUCUUUAUGUAGUCUUGAUAAUAAUCUUCCAUUACUUAUAUGUGUUAUAAAUAUCUGCUUUAUUUGCAAUUUUUUCUCUUUUUGUAGUGUCUCUCUUUGUCUUGACGGUAAUAAGAGGUAACAUUCUUAAUUUAAUAUGGUUAAAUUUACAACUCUUUUACUAUAUGGUUAACAUUUCUUUGGCAUCCUGGUUAAAGAAAUCUUUUGCUCCCCCAAUAUCAUAAAGAUCUUUCCCCACAUUUUAUUCUAAAAGUUUUAAGUUUUGUUUCUUGCAUUUAAUUCUAAUCCAUCAGGAAAAUUUUUUGUGUAUGUGAUGAGUAAUGAUCCAAUUUUGAGUUUUUUAUAUGGAUAACCAUUAGUUCCAGUAUCAUUAAUCAAUAGUCCAUUUUUCUCCUUAUGGAUCUGUAGUACACCUCUGUCAUUUCCCAAGUUUCCCUCUAUCUAGGAGUGUUUUCUGGGAUCUCUAUUCUGUUCCAUUGGCCAAUUUGUCUGUCCUGUACCAAUACACACUGUCUUUGUUACAUUAGUUUAAUAAUAGCUCUUGAUACUUCGCAGGACAAGUCUUUGAU